CCAACACUUAAACAAAUCUGUCGGAGAGCAAGUACGUAAAUGAAAUAUCGAAAAUGUGUAAACACAAUCCAACCGGGAAAGGAAUAAAAAUAAAGUAGAGUAGUGGUAAUAAUUUCAACGCACAGCAGCGACGCCGCAGCCCAAACCCCCCGACACACUAAUCAGUCAAACACACACUACCACAACAACUUCACACACACUUAAAAAAAGCCCCAAUUUUGAGGCAGAACAAUAAUCAUUACUACAACUCCACACUCUCUCCGGUCAAUUCGAUGCCGGAAUCUGACGUCAUGACGCCGGAAGAAAGCAUCAGCAAGUCAAUACUUGAGAAGCCUCUCCACCAGCUCACCGAAGAUGACAUUUCUCAGCUCACUCGCGAAGAUUGCCGUCGUUAUCUCAAAGACAAAGGUAUGAGGAGACCGUCGUGGAACAAAUCUCAGGCGAUCCAGCAAGUUAUAUCUCUUAAGGCGCUUCUUGAACCGGCUUCUGAUUCCGAUGCUGCUACUGCUCGCAAAAAGCUCCACAUUCCUCGCCCUCAGAUUGUACCUAAUCGAGUGCCUAGAGGUACGAGUGCUGAUACAGAGAUAUCUGUUUCAGCUGAUGAAUCAGUUCCGUGUACGCAAAAAGUGCCGGAGGUGAAUCCUGAUAGUUCUAGUGAUUUGCAGGGAGGACUUGUUCCUGCUUAUAAUGAAACUGUUCCUCCUAGAACUACAGGUGUUGCUAGCAAACAAGUUGAACAACUGACGAUCUUCUAUUGCGGCAAGGUGAAUGUUUAUGACGAUGUUCCAUUUGCGAAGGCACAAGCUAUAAUGCAGCUUGCUGCAAGCCCACUUCAGUUUCCUCAGGAGACUUCACUUGAAGGAAAUACAGUGUUUAGGUCUUUACCUUGUCAUUUACAACCUGCAAGCGUCAAAGUUGGCUUAGAUUCUUCUGUCACGGUGUUGCCAAACUUGCGUGCAGUUAAAAUGAUAGAUAACUGUACAGCACAAGUUGAAGAAAGCAACAUUGCUCGUGAAGAAAACAAUGCUGAAGGUACAGCAAGCAGAAAAGAAUCUGUGCGGAGAUACCUUGAGAAGAAAAAAGACCGGUUUAAGAGCAAGAGAAAGGUAGGAGGUUCUUCAAUUACUGGCCUGGACUUUUGCUUAAAUCAUCAUAUGGGGAAUCAGACUCCAAAUGAGCAUUCUGGAAGGAGUGGUGCUUUCUCCCCAGUACCAAUCAGAUCACCAAAUAUGCGCAACAGUAGUGGCUCGCUGGAGAGCAAUAUGUUGAAGAAUGCUAAUUAUCCAGUUGUUGUGGAUGACAAAGAUUCACAGGAAUGAGAAGUGAUGUUGAAACUUGUUCUCCGCCAUGUAGAGGAUCAAUGGUUGAAUUUCUUUAAACUGUCCACCAUUAUUUACAAGAAUGUGGGGAAAUGCUUAAAUACUAGUAUCGGAGUACUAUCUAAAUAUUGUCACUACCAAUCGGAAGUUGAAAACAAAGAGAAGAUUUCCCCUCUCAGGUGCUUCAAUCCUUGUUUCUUUUUCAAGCUUCAGAGUUGUACAAAUAUAAUUAGUAAGUAGGUUAGGUGGGGUGGUGUGCUCGACUAAUCAUUGCACCCAGCCACCAUGUUAUAUUAACUUUGGCAUAUGUAAUCUCUAGACUUGCAACUAUCAACCGCAUCAAAGUGUUAAAACACCAGCAUCAUGUGGUGCACGCCCUCUUCUGUUAAAGCCGGACGUCGAGAUUAAAGCACUUGUUAUAACGAGGGUAUUAGCUCCGCAAUGGAGCUUCGGCUGUUGGGAAUGAAUAUUGUCAAGUUAUGCUAAAAUGAUUUGCAGUAAAUGCUUUGUAAGAUAGUUUCUCCCACUUAAUCCAUUUAGAAUGUAUAUAGUAUUUAUCUAAUUAUCUAUGUUUCGAAGAA